UCCGGAAGGACGCGCGCCAGGCGCCGGAAGCGGGGGUGAGCCGGGGCGGCGAUGGCGGCCGAGGGAGAUGUGGAGCUGGAGCUGGAAGCGGAGCCCAAUGGGUCGGCGGGCGGCGGGGACGGCGCCGGGGGACGGCCGGCCGAGAAGCCGCGCAAGCACGACAGCGGCGCCGCCGACCUGGAGCGGGUCACGGACUACGCGGAGGAGAAGGAGAUCCAGAGCUCCAACCUGGAGACGGCCAUGUCUGUAAUAGGAGACCGAAGAUCCAGAGAGCAGAAAGCAAAGCAGGAGCGGGAAAAAGAACUGGCUAAAGUCACCAUCAAAAAGGAAGAUUUGGAAUUGAUUAUGAACGAGAUGGAAAUAUCAAGAGCAGCAGCAGAACGCAGCUUGCGAGAACACAUGGGGAAUGUGGUGGAGGCCUUGAUCACUCUCACCAACUGAGGGCAAGUUACUGGAUAAGCAUCCAUGGUGGAUGAGAAAGAAGCAACCCCCUAGCUGGUUUUCCGUAUGUAGAGUGCAGUAUGCUGCAUCUCAAAAGGUAUUUGUAAUAAAUAUGCCAUGCUGGAA